GUGUGCCAAGCUGUCGACAACAUCGUGAAGUCGUCGCUCGGACCCGUUGGUCUCGACAAGAUGCUAGUCGAUGACAUUGGUGAUGUGACAAUUACCAAUGACGGUGCAACAAUACUCAAGACGCUUGAAGUUGAGCAUCCAGCUGCCAAGGUUCUUGUUGAGCUGGCUGAGCUUCAGGAUCGGGAGGUUGGAGAUGGCACAACAUCUGUGGUUAUUGUGGCUGCAGAGUUACUUAAGAGAGGGAAUGAGCUUGUGAGGAAUAAAAUCCACCCAACAUCUAUUAUCAGUGGCUAUCGGCUUGCGAUGCGGGAAGCCUGCAAAUAUGUUGAAGAGAAACUAGCUGUUAAGGUUGAAAAGCUUGGCAAAGAUUCCCUUGUAAACUGUGCGAAGACAAGCAUGUCAUCAAAGUUGAUUGCUGUUGACAGUGAUUUCUUUGCAAAUUUGGGCCAUCCACUAUGGGAGAGGCUAGGGAUCUCGGCAAGGGAGUCGCAUCUAGCUAGUCGUAGCGUGGAGUCCUGCUAGGUGAUCACCUUGCUAUUUUGAAUUUGCUGACAAGGGUGAUGUGUACCCGUGUAUAGAGAGACUACCAUUUGUGUGUAUAUAGUUUUUGGUGACCCUGUGAUGUAUGUCUGUUGUAGAGAAUUGUACUUUACAGUUUUGUACCUUUA